AUGUUUUCUGUCUUUAGUAAAAAGAAGCGUAAAAAUGGAUUAGCAGCAAAAGGCAACAAAUCGCCAGUAUUGAUUUUAUUUAUUGCAUUUUUCGGUCUUGAACUACUCGUUGGUGAUUUGCCGUGGAAAUACAUUUUGAAGGGUGAUGAGGUGAAAAGGGCGAAAUUGGAAUUGCAGCAUGGAGAUCCCCAAACUUCCUUCUUGGCAUUAACGAGCGACUCCUUCCAAGAGUUUGCACGAGCCGUGUUUAGUAUAAACACCGAAGAAGAGCCAAACUAUGCUGCUCUGCAAGCUCUCCUUACGGAGCUUGUGGGUGACAGAAGAAUGAGCGAUCCUUACGAUUGGGAAAUCAGUUAUCGGGAGGCCAUCGAAGGUGUGCGGUAA